GGCAAGGCGGGCGCAAGAUGGCGGUGGCGUCGCCUUUCAGCGGCGCUCUGCAGCUGACCGACCUGGACGAUUUCAUCGGGCCCUCGCAGGAAUGCAUAAAGCCAAUUAAGGUUGAGAAGUCUGGGAAAGUAGCAGCUAAGAUCCGUAUUGAAGAUGAUGGAAGUUAUUUCCAAGUUGGCCAGGACGGCGGGUCCCAAAGACUGGAGAGGGCCAAGAUUACCCUGAAUGACUGCUUGGCCUGCAGCGGUUGCAUCACCUCGGCGGAGAGUGUCCUAAUCACUCAGCAGAGCCACGAAGAGCUCUGCAAAGUGCUGAACGCCAAUAAGGCAUCCAGUUCAUCCAAGAAAUUGGUGGUGGUGUCUGUAUCUCCACAGUCCAGAGCUUCUUUAGCUGCGAGAUUCGGAAUGACUCCUUUAGAUGCAGCUAAGAAGCUGACGGCCUUCUUUAAGAAUUUAGGUGUGCAUUUUGUCUUUGACACAACUUUCGCCAGGAACUUCAGUUUGCUGGAGAGCCAGUGGGAAUUUAUGCAGCGUUUCCAGAGACGAGCAGAAGAUAAGAAGGCUUUGCCCAUGUUAGCCGCUGCCUGCCCUGGUUGGAUCUGCUAUGCUGAAAAAACCCAUGGGAAUUUUAUCAUCCCAUACAUCAGCACUACCAGAUCACCUCAGCAGAUCAUGGGCUCCCUGAUUAAGGACCGCUUUGCCAAACACCAGUGCCUGACACCAGACCAAAUCUAUCACGUGACUGUGAUGCCUUGCUAUGACAAAAAGCUAGAAGCUUCCAGGCCAGAUUUCUUCAUUGAAAAGCACCAAACCCGUGAGGUUGACUGUGUGAUUACAACAGGAGAAGUCUUAAAGUUGCUGGACCAGGAAGGAGUAUCCCUUCUUGAAGUGGAUCCUAUGCCUUUGGAUAACAUGUUUGGCAACCUUUUGGAAGAAGAGCUCUUCGGCCAUUCUGGAGGCGGCUCUGGGGGGUACUUGGAGCACAUAUUCAAACAUGCAGCAAAGGAGCUCUUUGGCAUUCCAGUGAAGGAGCUUCGCUACAAGACCCUGAAAAACAAGGAUUUUCAAGAGGUGACGCUGGAGAAGGAUGGCCAGACUCUCCUGCACUUUGCCCUGGCAUAUGGAUUUCGGAACAUCCAAAACUUCGUGCAGAAACUGAAACGUGGAAAGUUGCCCUACCACUACAUCGAGGUGAUGGCUUGUCCCUCAGGGUGCUUAAAUGGAGGGGGACAGAUCAGAGCAGAGGGAGAAUCCAGCAAGGAUCUGCUCCAUCAUGUGGAGAGACUGUAUGAAAUGGUCCAGCCAGAAGACCCUGAGAUGAACAAAACCAUCAGGGACCUCUAUGAGCAGUGGCUCGGUGGUCCCACUUCCGAACAGGCUCAAACUCACCUCCAUACACAAUACCAUGCUGUGGAGAAAGCCAGCACAGGCUUUAAUAUUAAGUGGUAAAAUUUGCUCAGCUCGUGUCAUCUAGUAGACCCUGUAGUGGUCUAUGGCCUAUUUGCAGUUGGGCCCCACACACACCCCACUCGACUCACACGAGCAGCAGGCAUGCACAUGUGUGUGCAGUACACAAACUGUGUGCCCAUCGCUUAGGUGGCCCGGUUCCCCUUUCCUCUCCCCACUGGGCUGCCAAGUUGCAACGGUUGGAGACCGAGGAUCUAAUGGAACCCUUAUUGCUGCCGAUGAAGCUGAAAGUUUCGUUUUUAAGCAAAUAGUCCUAUCAAAGAUUUAUAUUUGAAUUUUUUAAAAUGUUAAGGUGAAGAAUUGGCUUCACAAUAGACAACAGUGCUCUCCACUGGAUUUCUCGUCUCACCAGAUCUUUUGAGGCAGAAAAUUGGACUGUUGUUAGUUUACUCUUUCUAUAGCUUCACCACUUUUUUCCUACUCCCACAGAAAGGUAGAAUUUAUGAAAGGAGCUUUUCUGAAUGAUUGCACGGAAGCAAAAUGAACCAGGUUAAAUUUGGCAUUUAGGGAGAAGGGACCAAAAUAAAAUUUUUAAAAAAAUGUAAAUGGUUUGGAUGUCUAUAGAGGAAAAAUAAUCCUGAAACUUUCCUCAUAAUGAAUCUGGAUCGCUGAGGCUGUUGAGUAGCAGGUCUCUCUCCGGUCAUGUGGCACAAAGUGGAGCAUUUGCAGACUACCCUGUCCAAGUCCACGUGCGAUAUAAGGGGAGCACAGAAACACAACUCCCACCCUGUGUAUCGCAAAGGCUGUGUAUAUGAACGCUCACAACCAUCAAUAAAAUAGAGAUUGAUCAGAGAACAUAGAA